AUGUCUUGGAGUAGUAAUUUAGCAGUUGUGGAGAGAGAUCCUACAGGGAGAUACGUAAGGUACAACAAGAGGUUAGGGGUAGGCGCUUGGAAAAGUGUUUACAAGGGAUUUGAUCAAGUUAAGGGUAUAGAAAUUGCUUGGAGUAGGAUCGUGAUAACAGGCGACACUGCCACAUCAGAAUCUGAAGGUACUCUUAAUGAUUUGUGUGUAGAAGUUUGUCUGUUGAAGUCGUUAGAUAAUGAGAAUAUUGUGAAAUGCUACCAUUCUUGGAUUGAUUAUCAAGAAAAGAUCAUUCACAUGAUUACUGAGAUAUUUUCUUCUGAGAAUUUGAGGAACUACACGAUGAAUAAUGCUGUUGUAGAUUAUACAGCAAUCAAGAAUUGGUGUAGACAGAUUCUAAAUGGGUUGAAUUAUCUGCACACUCGUAAUCCGCCAAUUAUGCACUGUGAUGUUAAGUUAACUAACAUCUUUGUUAAUGGAAACUCAGGAACGGUUAAACUGGGAGAUAUGGGUAUAGCAAAGUUUGUUAAACCGGAAACUAUUGAAUAUGAUGUUGCUGGUACACCAGCGUAUAUGGCACCAGAAAUCUUUGAAGCAAAUUAUAAUCAGCUGGUUGAUAUACAUUCUUUUGGGAUAUGCGUACUACAGUUGGUUAUUCCAGAUAUAAGGGUUUACAGCGGUUGUAAUAACAACGAGGUAGUUGAAAAGGUUAAGGCGUGUGUAAAGCCUGAAGAACUCAGCUAUGUGACAGACCCAUUACUUAAGAACUUCAUUGAGAGGUGUUUGGCUCCUGCAGAUAAAAGACCUGCAGCAAAUGAACUGUUGAAUGACCCGUUUCUUGCACCCAGCAAAUCAACAACACGUACAAAUUCGAGUUUGACAGAAUGUAGAAUGCGUGAUCAGGUUGAUAGAUUACUACAGUUUGUCAAGGAAAUGGAGAGUGGUAACAAGAAAUUUAAAUUACAAGGAAGAAUCAAGGACAAUGUUAUGAUACAAAUGAAAUUGAGUAUUAGCAAUUAUGGUAUGAUUGCAAACUUUAAUUUGGAGUUCUCACCAGAAACAGUUACAGCUCAACAGUUUGUCAUAGAGCAUAUUGCUACACAUAUUACUUUGUCAAGUGAAGAUGUUCAAGUGGCGACUGAGAUUAUAAAACAACUAAUAGCAGAAUUUCAUGGUGGACCUAGUAUUCAGAAUUCCAUCUCUGAGGAAGAUUUUUGUCUUUGGAAUAUAUUUUCUGAGAACCCUACCAGUGUUGUAUAUGAUGAUGAUGAUGAUGAUUUCAAUCCUCGCAAUUUAGUUCCUGAGAGUAGUUCCAGUGGUGCUAUACCUGAUAAUUCCAGGCAGCUACAGGCAAAUGAGAUAUGGACUGAGGAAAGGGAGGAUAGUAUUCUGGCACACCCUGUCUUGUAUAGACGCGAAUUUGAGUUUGAAGGAACCAUGAUACGUGCUGUACAUCGUACAAAGGAGCCUAAAAUCCCUGAGAAUAAGAAAAUGCCUAGUUGCUUUGGGAAUCUGCUGUCAUCCUUUGGCAAAAAGUUCUAG